AUGGCUCCUGAUGCGAUUUAUGCCCUUUCAGCCUCCCAGGCAUGUCCCCACAACUGCCUCACAGCCACCGACACAUCUCACGGCGGGGGUUUAAUUGUGUGCAAGCUGUGUCAGGCCUUGACUUGCAAUGAUUGUGAGUCAGGGCACCUGCACUUUUGCAGCUUUAAACUCGAGUGUGAGUUGUUUGAUGGUUCAUCAGAGUAUGGGCUCUGUGUACUGUCAGAUGGCUCAGAGCUGCGCUCAGCAGACUACCACAACCUCAUCAAGACCUUGGCCCUGGAUCCAUCCCCUCCUUGCCACACGGUCGAAUCGGCUGCCAAGGGGCACAUCCAUGUUGCUGUCCCUCAGCUUGAAGUGGCCAUGCAAAACAUCACCGGCCAUCCCAUUAAGAUCCUCGCUCUGGCAAGUACCGGCACCGAUGCGAACAACCUGCUAUGGGAUGUUGCCAACUUGCAAGCAAGUCACCUGUCUGGUGCCCAUCAGAAGGGGUACAUGAUGCUCCAGGAUGGGGGAUAUGGUGAAGCUCGUGGGCCAAUCGCAGCCUUGUCAUCAAGGCUCUUUGUCCAUGAUGGGCGUGCAAAUGCUCAGGACCCAGACAUCCUGGCACUCCGUCCCUUGCUGGUGUGCCCGCUCCCCCUGGGCUGGAGCUACAUGUCCGAGGUUGGAGAGCUCUCCAGGCGCAAGAUAGAGGGCAUUCACCUCUUCUCCAGCUCUUGUGAAGCCAUGGUGAGCACCCGGUCUAAGGCUAUUAUUGCUGAAGCGAAGAGUGCACCUCCCGCCGCCAAAAGGGAUGCUAAGGCAGCGGCUACCUAUGUCAGGCAGGUGGCCACGGCCCUUCACCAACAGUCGGACUCGAGCACCCUCAUUCCUGCUCCACUCACAGAGACCGAGGAGGCUGCAAUCACUGUCGUCAGCUCGAGGAUGCACCAGGUCCAUGUGGGUGUAAUCUUGAUUGAGACCUUCACAUCCAAUGACCUAAUGGGAUAUACCUAUGGCUUUUUGCUGGCGCUCAGGCAUCUCACAGCAGCUAAGGGUGUCAUCCUCGCGAUUGACGACAUCAUGAUGGCACUUCACACUGGGCACAUAUUUUCGUACCUUCACUAUCCAGCUUUCUUCCCCGACCUCAUCACAUUUGGGAAGGGGCUGCAGGCAUGUGGGGUGGCCCAGGUUUUUCCCCCGCCGGACGCGCCAGCAUACAUCCAGCACAGUAGCAGGUCGACGGCACUGAUGGGUCUGGAUCUUAGCAGGUUGGGAGGGCGCGUCACCAAUGGAGGUGUUGACAGGAUCACCCUGGAGCGGGCUAUUGCCAUCUUGGAGGAGUUCAUGGCUCGGGACCUCAAGGGCAACAGUAUCAGUCUUGGCAGCACUUUCAUUGAUGAAGCAUGUUCAUUGUUUGCACGCAAGGGUGUCCAGCGGUACCUGCGCAGCAUGGCCGGGAUUUGGGCCUCAGAUGCAGCAUUUGGGGGGGUCUUACGGCAGAACCUACUUCACGUGCGGGUGAUCAUGAGACUGGACAUGCACACCGACCUCUUGAAGGAGGUCUUCACUGCAGUCGGAAAGCAUACAAAUCCAGAGGCCCAGGAGGGGAGGGGUGCACACUGCCAGCUGUCGACUGCCGUCACUCCUCCCCUAGACAACAGGUCCCCUUUUGUGGCAAGUGCACAGCAGCUGGACAGUGAGCUCGCCAUGCAGGAGCAGGCGGUGGCAUGUGAGAUCGACCGGCUGCAGAAAUUGUUGGAUGAUUUGAGGCUCAGGCGUCAGCAAGUGCAGCAGGUUGUUUGUAUGCCAGUUGAAAGCAGGGGUGACAGCCUUGUGCAGGGUGACAGUCUUGUGCAGGCACAUUUGGAGACUAGUUUACAGGUGAACAAAACUGGAUUUCCACCGCCCCACCACUUCAAGAUCUCCACCAUGUAA